AUGAUUAUAUUAAUUAUCAAUCACUGUAUUGAGAAUGAGGGCUAUACUGUUAACCCUGCCAUUGACGCUCAAUAUGAACGGGAUGGCCUAUUAGGUCGGGUGAGACCACUGAUCCGCGAAUAUGAGUCCCAUAGGGGUCGGUACCAAAAGACUAACCGCCAACUGGCCGCCAGACUCGACCAGGAGUUACGUGUUAUACGUGAGUUGGAAAGGGAGCUCUCGAGGGCCAGUCGUACGCUAGACCAACAGCGCUACCGGGCCUACGAGCAGAGGUAUUUCAGACACCAGAGCCGGUUGAAGGAGCUGUUAGGUUAGGGACAGGCGUUACAGAUAUUAUUAUAUCAACAGUGAAUACAAAACACGCGUUGAACUCUGCUUUAAUAUGACUGAACACUAUUGGUCACCAUUAUAAUGGUGGACAAUAUUGUUUAGUCAUAUUAAAGCAAGGUGUCUCAAAUAUUAUAUAUUUUUUGUCUCGUAUAAUUGAAUUGUACAUGUUAUGAAUGAAUAAAUUUUCAGUUUAAAAAUAA